AUGAGCUUUCAAUCAACCAAAAGGACACAGUCAGAGUCGAGCGAACCUGAGCUCAAUGGGCGUGUUGUAAAGCGUCAAGCAGUAAAUGGAGACUUUUCUGUCUCUUCAUCGGAUGCAGAAAUAGAUCUAGUUGACGAAGUGGAAGUUGCAGGUAUCGAAGAACAUGUUAAUAACGCACAGUGGCAAAGCACUAUUUCCAAAGUCGUGGGAUCGGUAGUAUCAAUACAUUUUGCACAAGUGGCUCCAUUUGACUGUGACCCAGCUCUUGUCUCUGAGGCCACCGGGUUUGUGGUUGACGCAGAGCUAGGAAUAAUUCUUACAAAUAGACAUGUUGUUGGUGCUGGUCCGUUUGUGGGAUAUGCGGUUUUCGAUAACCAUGAAGAAUGUGAUGUCAUACCGAUCUACCGGGAUCCAGUUCACGAUUUUGGGUUUUUGAAGUUCAAUCCAAAGAGCAUAAAGUACAUGAGUGUCCAGGCAUUGGAAUUGAAGCCUUCUCUUGCGAAAGUGGGUUCUGAAAUCAGAGUUGUCGGUAACGACGCUGGGGAGAAGCUAAGUAUUCUCGCAGGUUUCAUCAGCAGAAUCGACAGAAACGCUCCAGAUUAUGGAGAACUCACUUACAAUGAUUUCAACACCGAGUAUAUUCAAGCUGCUGCAUCGGCCUCUGGUGGCUCGUCAGGAUCGCCAGUCGUGAAUAUCGAUGGACAUGCAGUGGCACUACAGGCUGGUGGUUCAACAGAAGCAUCCACAGAUUUUUUCUUGCCUGUUAACAGAAUAUCAAGAGCACUAAAUUGCAUCAGGAAAGACGAACCAGUUACUAGAGGUACAAUUCAAAUGCAAUGGAUACUUAGACCUUAUGAUGAAUGCAGAAGAUUGGGACUCACAGCUGAUCGCGAGCAAGAAGCUCGUAAACAGUUUCCAGACCGUAUCGGACUACUUGUGGCAGAAACUGUCUUACGUGAGGGUCCUGCUGACACCAAGAUUAAAGAGGGAGAUACACUUAUUUCUAUCAACAACGAACUUAUCGCAUCUUUCAUGCAAGUCGAUGAUAUUCUGGAUAGCAACGUCGACCAGAAUAUUGAGUUGCUGAUCCAACGUGGUGGGAAAGAUAUUAACGUCACUUGCACAGUUGGAGAUCUUCAUUCGAUCACGCCUUCAUCCUACCUUGAAGUUUGCGGUGCAACGUUCCAUGAACUAUCUUACCAAAUGGCAAGAUUCUAUGCUAUUCCUGUGCGAGGGGUUUUCCUCAGCAGUGCAUCUGGCUCCUUUAACUUUGAUUCCAAGGAAAAAGUCGGCUGGAUCGUUGAUGCAAUCGACAAUCAAGAAACUCCAAAUUUGGAGACUUUCAUUGAGGUCAUGAAACAUGUUCCAGACAAAAAGAGGGUCACUGUUCGAUACCAUCAUCUGACUGAUCAACAUUCGCCAAACGUUGCCAGCAUUUAUAUUGAUCGUCAUUGGUGUAGCGAGUUCCGCCUAUACCAAAGAAAUGACAAAACAGGUAUCUGGGAUUAUAAAAACCUUGCAGAACCACUACCUGCAUUGCCUCAGGUCCCCCAUGAAGCCAAGUUUAUUGACCUGUCGAUCGAAAACAAAAACCUCGCAAAGCUUUCGAGAAGUCUUGUAACUGUUACUACUGUCUCGCCCAUCCCAUUAGAUUCAAUGUCUGCGGAAAGCCGUAAAGCGGCUGGGCUUGUUAUAGAUGCACAGCAGGGAUACGUUAUUGUCUCGCGUCGUGUCAUCCCUCAUGACUGCCUGGAUGUAUUCGUAACAAUAGCUGAUUCGGUUAUCCUUCCUGCUGAAGUGGUAUUUUUGCAUCCCACACAAAAUUACGCUGUGAUCAAGUAUGACCCCUCGCUAGUCAAGGCAACAGUGGAAACGCCUCGUAUGUCCUUCGAGCGGAUGAAACGUGGUGACAAAGCCCAAUUCAUUGGUUAUACUCAUAACAAUAGGCUCGUUUCCUCUGAUACUAAAGUGACGGAUAUUUCAUCUUUGAGUAUACCAAGCAACAUCAUCCCUAGAUAUAGAGCAACCAAUUUGGAAGCCGUGGGUAUUGACUGCAAUGUGAGCUCGAGGUGUAACUCCGGUAUACUGGCUGAUGAAGAUGGGACGGUUAGAGCUCUUUGGCUAUCCUUCCUGGGUGAAAUCCAGGACGGCAAAGAGAAGGUAUACCUUCUUGGCCUGGAUUUGACGGAUUUGAAGCCCGUGAUCGAUUUGCUGAGAAGCGGACAGAGACCAAGAAUCAAUAUCGUUGAUGCUGGUUUUGGCUCAAUCUCCAUCGCGCAGGCAAGAAUCCGUUCUGUUCCAGAGGAAUGGAUCUCAAGAAUGGAAGCUGAAUCAGAGAACAGACUCCAGUUCAUGCAUGUCACAAGGGUUUCUUUUACAACUGAAAAGGAGAAGCUAUUGCCUGGGGAUGUCAUUUUGAGCGUCGAAAAUAGGCUGGUCAAGGAAAUGAGAGAUUUGGAUGGAAUUGUGACCUCGGGAUUGGGCCCUAACGAGGAACAGAUUUUGAAUUUCAAGCUCGCCAGAAACGGCCAAAUUGUUGAUGUGCGCGUAAAGACGGUCGAAGUCAGUGAAACAUCGCACUUUGCUGUAUUCGCCGGUUGCAUUCUACAAACUCCACACCAUGCUGUUUUACAAGCGAUGUCAGAGAUCCCUAGUGGAGUUUACUGUACUUUCAGAGGACAGUCGUCUCCUGCAACGCAAUACGGUAUUGCUUCGACCAACUUUAUCACACACAUCAACGAGAUCCAAACUCCAGAUCUGGAGACUUUUGUGAAAGUUGUCAAGACCAUUCCUGACAACACAUAUUGCAAAAUUCGCUUGGUUACUUUCGACAACGUUCCUUUUGCCAUUUCUCUGAAGACCAAUUACCAUUAUUUCCCAACGGCAGAAUUGAAAAGAGACCCCAUCAGUGGCAAGUGGAUCGAAAAUGAGCUCAACAAAACCGAUGAAAAGACCGCUUGA